AAGAUCGAAGAAGUUAAAAGAAAGUAAGAUCAAACAGUGUGUCAAGCAAACAUAAAUUGGUUCGAAUAAUAAACAAGAGUCGACUAACAUCUCGGAAGAGUAGCUUCGUUGCCUGUGUAAAAAUUAUCGUUUAACAUACGUGUGGAAUCGAAAAAUAGGAACAAAUCGUGGCGAUUAGAUCGAAACGCCCCUUAAAUGAGUGUAACGAUAUAUUAUUUAUAUAUGCCGACAGAAUAGCAGCGAUGCUCCGUAAUCAACGUUCUAGAAGUCUUCCAGGCAACGGCCACUAAAUUAAUCGCAAAAUGUCAACGAGAGGAUAGAUCGUAUAGUGAAAUAAUCGCGCUCAAAAUCUCAUAAUUUUUCAUCUCUCGUAAUCGUCACUACGAAAUUCAUGGACCACACGAACAUAUCGCGGCUUCGUAAAGGAAAUGUGAGUCUAAUGAGAAGAAAAGAAACAACGAAAAGAGAUACUUUGCCAAUUCUCAGCUCACUUCGAUAGACAAUCAUUGAGAAAAUAGAACCUGAUUUGAUGCAGAAUACAUAUGUUUGGGUAUUUUGAAUUUUUUGGUGUGCAUGCUACGCUACGGGCUAAUUGCUAUAAAUAUUGCAAAACAUUCGACGUAUUUAUUCAUGCGCUUUUCAUUGCGAAUUAAGAUGUUCAUGAGCUUUGCAAUGAGUAAUCGUGUCUAUGAAAAGAUACGAUAUACAUAAUAAAAAAAGAAACUCUCUUGAUCAUUGCAAAGAAUGAUGGAAAAUAGAAGGACCAAGACUGCUCAAUUUAAUUCUAUCAUCUAAGCUGCCGUUCUUUGUGAAAAAAUUUCGACGCAAUAAUGGCAAACAAAGAUAUAGCAUAAUGAUAUAAUUAAUAAUAUACUUCUUUUAUAUUAUAAACGAACGAGAAAUACGGGGUCUAAAUUUUAAUCCGCGAAUUCUAAUUUAGACCAAUUAGCGAGACAGAUGUCUAAACCACAAGUGAUAUCGGUAUCCUGUUAUUGCUAUCAUAGAAACAAAGGCAUUGAACAUAAUGUAUAUACUGAUUGUACAAUUCUAUCUUACACAUACGAAAGUGUUUGAUACAUGCAACCGCCCUGUUAUGCGUGAUCAUCACUCUCUUGAAGAGGCACUGUUUCGCGGCGGCAAAAAAGCUGUUGACGAUGAGUGUGAAUCUACCACGGCAUUAAUCAAAACUAAAAUACAAAAGGGAGGUCUGCGACUACGAAGAUGGCUAAUUGCGCUACUACUAUUUCUGUUAACAUCGCUUCUUAUUAUCAACAGCUAUAAUACCGGUCAAUUUCGGAUCACCCGAUUCGGAGAAAUGCCCAAACCAACUGUUCAAGAUGUAAUAACCCAGGAAUACGUAUCGACAGCAUCAAAUGUAUACAUGCCAAUAGGCAACGGUGGCUUUCUAGUUCGCAACAAAGGAUGUCGGUUACCAGCAAUGGAUCCUUUAGAUCUUGCAGUUCGACGUUUUAUAACAAAAGAUAUGUUCGAAUGCGAGUACGGAAAUUUUCCACCAUUAAUUGAAUCGAACAAUACCGCGCUAUUCGUUAAUCCACUAACGUGGAACGAAUUUCAUAACAGUCCGGGCGGUAUAAGCUGCUGCUGGCGACCAUUUUGGCGAACGAAAGAUAAUGACAAUGCUAUAACUUUAAAUUAGAUAAUAAAAUUUUGCAGAUAUGACACACAGUGCUAUCCUUUCCAAGAUUCUUGCAUAGUGAAUGCUGAAUUCAUAAAAGUUGAAUGUUAUCAAAACAACGAAAUGGUAUACAAAGAUUACUACGCUUUCCUACCUCGUAAGCCUUCGAUAGAAGAAAGAUGCAGGCAAACACUGAGAAUGGAUACGCUGAUCGACGAUCGUCUCAGCGUUCUCAUUGUCGGACUCGACUCGGUUUCCAGAAUGAAUUUUCACAGAAUGAUGCCGAAGACUGUAAAAUCACUUCAGUCUCUCGAUGCCGUAGAAAUGUUGGGCUAUACCAAGGUCGCUGAUAACACGUACCCAAACCUCGUCCCAGUAUUAAGUGGUCUGAAUCAGGAGGAAUUGCGGGAUCUGUGUUGGCAAAUGCCUAACAAAACUUUCGACGAAUGCCCGCUUUUGUGGAAGAACUUCAGUGAUGCUGGUUACCGCACAGUAUUCGGCGAGGAUGCUUGUAGCAUGACCACGUUCAAUUAUCUGAAACCAGGAUUCCGUGAUCAACCGACAGAUUACUAUCUGAGACCAUAUUGCAUCGGUGCUGAGAAUGACAUUGGUAACACCCAUAAACUGAACGCCAAUCUCUGCCUCGGUACCAGGAAGACAUUUGAAUGCAUGCUGGAUUACACACGCAAAACAGCGAUUGAGUUCUCCUCGGAACUUUACUUCGCCUUCAUUUGGCAGGCAAGUCUCACCCACGACUAUUUCACGUAUCCUCAAUUGGGUGACAACUCCUACCACGAGUUCGUCGAGUAUGCAUCACGGGAGGGUCUGCUGAAUCGCACAGUCUUGAUCAUGAUGAGCGACCACGGUAUGAGAUGGGGCGAUUUCCGACAAACGUAUCAGGGAAAGAUUGAGGAUAGUCUACCUUUCGUCUUUAUCGUGUUACCAAGAUGGUGGCGCGAAAAGUUUCCUCUGGCUUGGGGAAAUUUGCGAAGGAACAGCCACAGUCUCACAACGCCCUUCGAUCUUCAUGAAACGUUAAUGGAUUUGCUGAAUCCGCAACUUUUGCGAGAGUCAUUUCUUAAGAAGCGCAUUAAAAUUCAAGCCGCCUCGCCUGGCAUCCCACGUGGCAUCAGUUGGUUCCUGCCAGUACCAGACAUUCGUACCUGCGACAUGGCGCACAUUGCAAAUCAUUGGUGCAUGUGCCAUACCAGUAAUACGGUCGCGUGGAAUGACACCGGCUUGCACGAUAGUGUGUCGUUCCUCGUCAGAGAACUGAAUGACAUGAUAAGCAGAUAUCCAAUGUGCGCAACCUUGAACCUAAAAAUGAUCAAAGAUGCGAAAAUGUGGCAGGAUAAGACGGAAGGAGCAACGCUGGUGGAUUACACAGUGACCAUACAAACCACCCCAGGUGAUGCGAUCUUUGAGGGUACAGUACGUUAUAAAGCAGACGACAACAGCCGCAAAUUGGCUGGGUCGGUCAGUAGGCUGAAUGCAUAUGGCAGUCAGAGUUCCUGUGUGGAUGAAUUCAACAUGCGUUUGUAUUGUUAUUGUCUUUAGCAUAUAUCCAACAGACUGCUCGAGUACUGAACCUUUCAUAUCUAAUAAUUUAAAUCGGAGCUUGGUGCAACUCAU